AUGAAUAAGACCUUCGUUUUAGCAGUACUAGCCAUUGGUGUCUGGGGAAGUCCUGGUUCUGCCGAUUCCGACCCUUGGAUCCUUUCUACGAAGCAGUUCAUUGCAAAUCGUUAUCAAAACUCCCCCUACGUUACCAAUGGAUACUUUGGCCAGCGACUGCCGGCUGAAGGCGUUGGAUAUUGGACAUAUCGAGAUGAUUCCACUGGCGGCUUCGUGUUAAAUUCGUGGCCGCUGGAUCAACCAAGAGCCACAUUUGGAACUAUUUCUGGAUUUUGGGAUGUUCAGCAGAAUAUCACGCACACCCUCGUCCCAGACAAUCUGAAACGGGGAGGCGAAUCUGUUAUCAGCGGUAUUCCGGACUGGACUGGUCUUACGGUUACAGCGCAGGACGGCCAGACGUAUGAACCCGGAGUCGAUCCUUCUACCAUUAAGUCUUUCUAUCAGUCAUUUUCAGUCCAAAACGGAAUUGUUCAGACCAACAUUACGUGGAAUCCGGUAGGGCAUAACACCACCUACCAGCUGAACUACACUGUCCUUGCGCACCGAAGUCGGCUCAACCUGGGGAUUGUUCGCUUAGAUCUCUCGGUCAGCCAGGAUACAAAGCUAAAGAUAACCGAUAUCUUGGACGGGGCGGGCGCUGUACGGGCCGACUUUCAUAAGAAAUUGUUCGACGAAGACGCUACGAUUUGGACGAGUGUGAAGCCCUCAGGAAUCGACUAUUGCACGGCAUAUACUGUCUCCACAGUCAAAUUCGAAAGUGCAAAUCCCAACUCUGUAAGCGGAUCUAGCACGAGGCACAAUGGUGAGGGGUAUCCCUGGGUCUCCACCAACUCGAGCACCGUGGCGAGCACUUGGGACUGGGAUCUGACGCGGGGGGAAUCCUUGACCGUGUACAAGUUUGUAGGAAUCGGCUCCACAGCAGCCUUUCCCAGAGACACGCUGGCACGUACGAAGAACGUGGCGAUCUCGGCAAGAUCUGCUGAGUGGCAUGAUCUGAUAUCUGAGCACACAGAGAAAUGGGACGCGGUCUGGAACGACGGGGACAUUGUGAUCAGAGGCAACAAAGACUUGCAAGUCCGCACGCGAGCAUCACUAUUCCACAUUCUCGCCGGCCUUCUCCCCGAGGACUCUGGAUUCGCUAAUUCAAUUUCCGUCGGCGGGCUCUCUAGCGAUUCUUACGCUGGAUUAGUAUUCUGGGACGCAGAUACGUGGGUGUACCCUUCGGUACUCUCUCUGUACCCACAGUAUGCCGCGAGCAUCAACAAUUACCGUGCGCUUCUCCUGGAUCAGGCUGUUGAGAAUGCCCAGUACUACAACUUUUCCGGGGCGCUGUAUCCGUGGACCAGUGGCCGAUUUGGUAACUGUACGGGCACCGGGGCGUGCAAGGGCUACCAGUACCACAUCAACUCUGAUAUCGCAUUAGCUCAUUGGCAAUACUUUCAGCAGACAAAUGACCUGAACUGGCUUGCUAAACAAGGAUGGCCGGUGAUCAAAAAAGUUGCUGAUAUGUUUGCUGCAUAUGUAUUUCACAACACUUCUACCGGACAAUACGAAACCAUUCAAUUGGGAGAGCCGGAUGAAUUUGCAUACAACAUUAACAAUGGCGCAUUCACCGGGGUAUCCAUCAAGCAGCUGCUUGGCGACUGGGCCCCAUCGGCUGCUGGCCGCCUAAAUUUACCAGUCCCUCAAAACUGGUCUCGUAUUGCGGAGAACAUGUACAUCCCGUAUGAGGAGAAGGAAAAAAUCAUCGUCGAGUUUUCCGGGAUGGAUGGCACGUGGCGUGUCAAACAAGCCAGCGUAGGCUUGAUCAACUACCCGCUCCAAUUUCAGCUGAGUGAUGCACAAGCACGAAAUGACGUUGCAUAUUACUCCUCAAUUAACACAGCAGAUGGGCCAGCGAUGACAUGGUCCAUCUAUGCAAUCUCUGAAGCCCAGCUGCAGCAGAAGGGAUGUGCCUCAUAUACCUUCAUGCAGCGCUCAUCGGAGUCAUACAUUCGGCAACCCUUUUACCAAUUCAGCGAGACAAUGUUAGAUUCAGAGCCUGAAGGGGUGGAUAACCCCGCGUUCAUCUUUGGACUUAAUCCAGCGUUUCCCUUUCUUACUGGGGCUGGCGGCUACUUGCAAUACUUCACUCAUGGCCUUACCGGGAUGCGCCCAAACGCAGAAGCAUUCUAUCUUGACCCAACUCUACCACCUCAGAUUCCAGGCGGCGUUCAGAUCAAGGGCAUGAAAUGGCAGAAUGCAUCGUUUGAUGUCACGAUCGAGAUGGAAACCACUACAAUCACUCGACGUAACACAUCCUCAAGGGCAGAAAAAUAUGUAAAACUACGCAUACUUGGCGGAAACCCAGAUGUAAAAGAAUAUCGCCUGGCUCGAGGGGAGUCGAUUGUCGUCCCAACGAGACGACCUGAUAUCAGCCAUGCCAAAGAGGAUCUGGCCUUGUGUCAGCCGGUAGCCUCUGAUUCCGACUGGGCCGCUGGAAAUUAUCCGUAUGCGGUAGUCGACGGCGCGAAUUCGACCGUGUGGCAGCCAUCCAGCCCCCAAAAGGCCUCGGUCACGGUUGAGCUGCAGGGCAACAAGCCACGCGAUGUUUCAAAAGUUGUCCUCAACUGGGGUGGUGUGCCACCUUCUAGUUUUAGCUUACAUGGGAGCGAAGCGGCGGAAAAGGAUUUCCAAGAGCUGCACCCCACGCACAAGGUGGAGAUAUCAGCACCAUACAAUCCCCAGGAAUCACGAGCCAUUCGAAUACGCGAAGGAAACAUAACCGUAGUGGAGCUUCACAAGUCAGCACUGGUUCGGUUCUUGAGGCUAUCCAUUGAGGGGUCUUCCGUUGCCGACGGCCUUGGGGCGACGGUGGCUGAGAUGCAAGUUGUUGGCACUCAGGACCCAGACAGCUACUGUGGGAAGAAUAUGGGAAAUGAGUUUUCGUUUCCUAUUGGUAGACUAUAA